GUUUGUGUGGCCCUUGCUCAGUUUCAAGUUUUCAACCCUUUUUCCUUAUUUCCUCUCCUCUUAUUAUUUUUGGCGUUUCUUUUACUCUCUUUUAGGACCCAAAAUGUGCUUUUGUGUUGUCUUCAUUUUGUUGGUUUUCCUUUGCUUCCCAGAGGAAAUGAAAUGGAAGGAAAGGGGAAGCAAAAGAUGAUGAUGAUGAUGGGGAGGGUAGUGAAGGAGGAAUUAGCUCAUGAGAUUGAUAGGGAAUUAUCAGAUGAUGAUGAGUAUUUAGGGAUGGGAAAUUUAGGAGGUGAUUUUGAGAGUAACAAGAAAAAGAAAGUGGUCAGUGGUGAUGCUGGUGGUAGAAAGAAAGGGUCUUUUGGUGGUGGUGGUGUAGGGAUGAGGUGUUGUCAAGCUGAGAAGUGUAUGGCUGAUCUGAAUGAUGCAAAGCCAUAUCAUAGAAGGCAUAAGGUCUGUGAAUAUCACGCCAAGGCUCAAAUUGUGCUUGUGGCUGGGAUUAGGCAAAGGUUUUGCCAACAAUGCAGCAGAUUCCAUGAGCUGAUUGAAUUUGAUGAAACCAAAAGGAGUUGUCGCAGGCGUUUGGCUGGACAUAACGAGCGACGAAGGAAGAACACUACCGAAUCUCAUACAGAAGGUUCAAGCCACAGAGGAACAGGCACACAGUUGAAGGAUAUGGUUUUUGGGCAGGUUGAUGAUAGCGGAAGAAUUAAGAUAACUAUCCAAGAAAAUACCACUUACAAGCACUUCCAGAUCAGAUAAACUGAUUGCUCUCUCUCUUCUGUCAUCCUAUGGUUUGUGGUCACAGUGACAGUUUGUGAAAUGUUCAAUAGUAUGUAAAGAUUCUGGAAUGCAGGUUGAACAGAUGCUAAUAGCACUGGGGCAUUCAUUUUAUUGGUUCUUGCAAUAGAUGUGUGGAAUUCUUUGGUUUAGCCAAUGUACUCAACUCAGUAAUGCUAAUAGGUUCUCUAUAUCAUGAUUGCUGUCAUUAUUUUAA